GUUCUUUUGGAAUAUGUCAGCCAUGUCUUCUCAAAGGGAUAAUAAACGCAAGAAGGCUUCUGAGAACCUGACAAAGAGCGAUGAUCCCAGCGAUUUAGACCGAAGACUUUUUGUCGGCAAUUUACCAACGAACCAGAUGAGCCGUCAAGAUUUUGAAAGCCUGUUUUCUAAAUAUGGAGAGAUCACUGCCGUCUCCAUGUUCCAUGGCUAUGGGUUCGUGCAGUAUGAACGCAAAGAAGAUGCAGAUGCUGCUUCCAAGGGUGAGAAUGGACGGCUGCAUAAAGGGUAUAGAUUAGAUAUUAACAAAGCAGUGGAAAGAAGAAAUAUGAAUAAGGGUCCAUCCAGGUCCAGCCCGUCAAGAAGAGAUUUGUAUGGCUUUGGACAAGGCCAGGAGCCAAGGCAUGACCGCUCCCGCUCCCCACUGCGCUCUAGCCCAAGGAGAGGUAGUAGAGAACCACGUGAUGGUAGAGAUUCAAGACCAGUUCGUGAUGGGCGAGAUGGACGUGAACCAAGAGACAUUAGAGAUAACCGACCCCCAAGAGAUUCCAGAGAUCAUGACCUUCGAGAUAUGAGAGAUGGCCGUGAAAGGGAUUUCCGUGAUCCUCGGGAUACAAGAGACCUGAGGGAUCCUCGGGAUACAAGAGACCUCAGGGAUGCGCGAGAUACAAGAGACCUCAGAGAUGCAAGAGACGUUAGAGAUUCUCGAGAUACAAGAGACUCUCGAGAUUCCAGGGAAUUCAGGGACCUUCGUGACACAAGAGAUGUAAGAGAUACCAGAGAUCUUCGUGUGCGUGAUACCCGUGAUGCAAGAGAUGUGAGAGACCCAUUGUUUGAAAGAUACAGGGAGGCUCGAGACCCAAGGGAUCCAUUAUACAGAGUCGACGACCUCGCUGAUAAAUAUCGCCUUGAUGAUUUUUAUAGAAAGAGAGAUGAUCUGUUUGAUCGGUUUAGGGACUCUCUCGAUAGGAUUCCUGAAGAUCGACUCAAACGUGAAGAACGGCGCCGUGAAGAGCUGUAUAGGCAAUAUUUUGAUGAAAUUCAAAGAAAGGUUGAUGCUGAGCGCCCUGUUGAUUGCUCUGUGGUGGUGGUUAACAAACAGUCAAAGGAAUAUGCAGAAUCUGUGGGGCGUAAGGUCCGUGACCUUGGUAUGAUGGUGGACCUGAUCUUUUUAAACACAGAAGUAUCGCUGACCCAAGCCUUGGAAGAUGUUUCUAGAGGAGGAUCACCUUUUGGUAUAGUGGUAACCCAGCAGCACCAGACACAUCAUUCAUGCACUGUGAACAUCUUAUUUGGAACCCCGCAAGAGCAUCGGAACAUGCCACUUUCUGAUGCAAUGCUUCUUGUGGCAAGAAGCUAUGAGCGGUACAAAACUGAAUCACGAGAGAAGGAACGUGAAGAUAUUGCACGGCAAGCUGCCAGGCUGUCGGCAGAAGCUAUAUUAAGAGAGCGUGGCCCUCUUGAUGAGGGAGUAAGAGGGGGUCACCCUCCUGGAAUAUUGACUCUCCUAAGUUUGUUGGCAGACAAUAGAUAUGUGACAACUGAAGAAAUAGACAAAGUCGUCCAUUAUUUACAGCAGCGAAAAGAGAGAUUAUUGGCCAUGGCUGGUGACUCCUUAACAUCACAACUUUCAAGACAAUCGGCAGCAGCACCAACAACUUCUCUUGAUGCCCAAUCUACUCUUGCGGGCAGUCAGACACUCCAGUUGCCUCCAAAAAAUUGAGCUCUGCUACUUCAGCACCUCAAACCAUGAGCAGCUCUCAGCAAGAGCUGCAAGCAAAAAUUCUCAGUCUGUUCAACAGUGGAGUUUCUACUACUUCUAACCAAAUGAGCUCUAUGGGGUCAGCUGCAUCAGGCCAGAGCUAUGGCAAUAUGUCCAACACUCAGCAAAGGUCAGCAGUGUCAAUGGAUGCAGGAAUUCUUGGUCCACCCCCACAAAGAUCUCAGCCAACAGCAAGUCAGCUUUCUAAUACCAUGGGUGCAGGAGCACCAGUUAGAAAUGCAGCACCUCGACCUGGCCCAUCUCCUCAAAUGCAGAAUCUGUAUGGACAACUUCCAAAUCGUGUCCAGGGACCUGGCAGUGUUCCAGGUCAAAGACCAGGAACAACGUCUGGUAUAAAUGUUGACAACCCUAGUGUGCAAAAGGCUUUAGACACACUCAUUCAAAGUGGGCCUGCACUCUCUCAUUUGGUGGGUCAGGCAGUAGGCCAGGCACUUCGUGGUGGGCCAGUGCAACAGCCUACUAUGGCCUCAUACCCCCGUCACUUUUAG